AUGGACACAUGGUGGAAAAACCACACCCUAGGCUCUGAGUUUAUCAUCUUGGGCUUUGGAGACCUGGCCGAGCUGCAAAUCCCCCUUUUUGGACUCUUUCUAAUCAUGCAUCUUGUCACCCUAGCGGGGCACACGACUAUUGUGCUCGUCACCCUCACGGACUCCUGUCUCCAGACCCCCAUGUAUUUCUUCCUUCGAAACCUGUCCACCAUUGAAAUUGGCUAUGUAUUGGUUAUUGUCCCCAACAUGCUGGUCAACUUCCUGUCCGGGAACCAGCGGAUGCCCGUCCUGGGCUGUGCCCUGCAGAUGCACCUCUUCGUCGCCCUGGGCGGGGCAGAGUGUUUCCUCCUGGCCGCCAUGGCCUAUGACCGCUUCGUGGCCGUCUGCGACCCUCUGCGCUACACCCUCAUCAUCACCAGGGCCCUGUGCCUGCACAUGCUGUCUCUGGCAUGUGUCGGCGGCUUUGCCCUCUCACUCACCCUCACCACGCUGAUAUUCCUCCGGCCCUUCUGCCAGUCCCGUGAGGUCGACCACUUCUUCUGCGACAUCCCUGCGGUGCUAUUCCUGGCCUGCGCGGACACGCGCGCCAACGAGAUUGCAGUCUUCCUCGUCUGCACGCUCGUCCUGCUGCUCCCGUCCGUGCUCAUCCUGCUGUCCUACGGAUUCAUUCUCGCCGCCGUCCUCAGCAUCCACUCUGCUGAGGGCAGGAGCAAAGCCUUCUCCACCUGUGCUGGGCACCUGCUGGUCUCUCUCCUGCACUAUGGCUGUGCCAUAUUCAUCUACAUUCGCCCCAAGUCAUGCUACACCCCGGGACAGGACAAAAUCGUGUCCUUGAUCUACACCAACGUCACCCCCAUGCUCUACCCUGUGAUCUACAGCCUGAGGAACAAGGAAGUCAAGGGAGCCCUCAGGAGGCUCCUGGGGCGCCACAGCGGCUGA